AUGGCGCAAUCACUCCAGGAAAAAGGUGUCGACUAUGCGGGCCAAGUUGAGACUGCAACGAGCAGCGAUGAAGAAAUCUCGGUGAAGUCUGCGGAAGAGAAGGCGCUUGUACGCAAAAUCGACAUGUAUCUCAUGCCUUCGAUUUGGUUCCUGUAUCUCCUAGCAUACAUGGACCGCACAAACAUCGGCAACGCAAAGAUAGCCGGCAUGGAAGAGGCACUCAAUCUCUCUGACACGCAAUACUCGCUCGCCAUCAACCUCUUCCAAGUCAGUUACAUCGUCUUCAGCGUCCCAUCGAACAUGAUCCUCGCGCGCAUGCGCCCGAGCAGAUAUAUCCCAACCAUCAUGUUCCUCUGGGGUAUUGUAGUCGCAGCGAAAGCCGCCAUCAACACCCCCGCGCAACUAUGGGGUCUAAGAUUCGCACUGGGCGCUCUGGAAGCGGGAUUUAGCCCAGCUGUCUUGCACAUCUUCAGUAUGUGGUACCGGAAAACAGAGCAGACCAAACGCUUUCUGGUUUUCUGGCUUGCGGGUAUCCUGGGGAGUGCGUUUGGUGGCGUCCUCGCUGGCGCGAUUGCAAGUGGACUAGAUGGCGCCCAUGGCAUCCCCGGAUGGCGCUGGCUGUUCUUGGUUGAGGGCGUUAUAACAUGCGGAUGUGCACUUCUCGCGCCCCUUGUGCUCCUCGACUAUCCGAGUACGUGUAAGAAGCUUACGGCCGAUGAGCGCGCGCUGGCAGUCAGCCGGCAAGAACUCGACGGGCUGAACAUCAACGUGGACAAGGAGUCACGCAUGAAGAUCAUGAAAGCAUUGUGGUAUGCCAUGACUACCCCGGCGCACUGGAUUUUUUUCAUCGCGUUUAUGAUGGUUGAUGGGAGUUUCUCAAUUGGGUAUUUCUAUCCCACGCUUGUUGAGGGACUGGGUUAUAGCUCUACAACGGCACAGUUCAUGACUGCUCCGCUGUAUGUAUGUGCUGUACCUGCUACUAUUGCUCUGUCGAUUCUGGGCGAUCGACAUCCUUCGAGACGAGCUUACUACCUCGCCGCCACCAUGUUCCUCGCCGCCGUCUUCUCCGCGAUAACAGCUGGAGUGAUGAACUACACCGCUCGGUAUGUGCUGCUUUGCUUCCUCAAUAUGGGCUUGUACUGCACUGCACCACUUGCUCUCGCCUGGAGCACGACAACGAUGGGUGCUGUGGAGCCAGAGAGAUGCGCCAAGAUAUCUGACGGGGUUCGCGGUGUACGCUGCACUAUUGACUCUUGGGGCGGUUAUGUACACCAGUGGGGCUUUGUACUUCGAGAGGCGGCCAUUGGGACCCAGAACAUGAGUACUCUCGAGACAAACGUAGCACCUCAUCCCGAAAGAGAGCAGCUAGGUCCCUCUCACUUGCAAAGAUCAAUAAUCAAUGAUAACUACUCAAACACCUCCCUAUUCUUCUCCACCCACUCCCCCAACCCCAUCGGUUCACUUCCCUUCAGCCUCCUCACAUUCUCCACCGCAGGCCCAUACAUCCACUCCGGAUAUGCCUCCUUCUUCCCCUGA